CGCCACACAGCUCCCCUUCCCUUUAGUAGCUACGGAAGUGACGUUAACUGCAAGCUCCGCCCACUCCCUAACGUUUUGAGAAGAUGGACGUCAUGCUAUUGAUUAGUCGAGUCUGAUUGUUAGUUUACUGCGCCUGCGCGGGCUCGGCGGUGGAUUUUACGACCUGAGUGAAGGCGGACAAUUACGAAAACGCGAGUGUCUGAGAGACCAGUGGAGCGUCAAAUAAGAUGGCGGCUAACGUCACCACCAACCCUUCACAGCUGCUUCCUCUCGAGCUGGUGGACAAGUGUAUAGGAUCUCGUAUACACAUUGUAAUGAAGAGCGAUAAGGAGAUUGUGGGCACCCUGCUGGGCUUCGAUGACUUUGUCAAUAUGGUACUGGAAGAUGUCACAGAAUUUGAGAUUACACCUGAAGGAAGACGAAUUACAAAGCUAGAUCAAAUACUGUUAAAUGGAAACAAUAUAACGAUGCUUGUACCUGGAGGAGAAGGUCCUGAAGUAUAAUUGGUUCGUGACGUAGAAUAUUCAGCUACAUCGCCUUUAUUUAAAUAAUUUUUUUUAGGCCUUUCACCUGGAAAGAGUAGAAGGCUGAAGUGAAAAAGGUUUUCCAUACCUUCAUGAUGCUGUUCUUGAAGGAAUAAGUGGAUUCUUUAUUUUGAUACAAUGGUUGUAUUCAGUAUGUGUUUCUGAAUUAAAGGUUUAUGUUUUGUUAUGAAAGAUAUUUUCUGCCAUGAUGUAACAAACACGAACUAUA